CAGGUUUGGAUUUACUCAUUCCUUCAUUCCUUCCAUCGUCCGUACACUUUCGACAGUGUUCACCCUCGGCUUCAAAAGUCAAAAUGCUCCGGACGGCGGCGAAGAGGGCGGUGCUCCCUCACGGCGCCGCUGCGGCGGCGGCGGCGGCUGCGCCUCGUACCACCAGCAACUACGCCCGCCUUUCCACUUCGGCGGCUAGCAGCAGUCAGACUUCUCCCAAUCAGACCCCUACCCCCCAGAUCGAUCCCGCCUCUCCUCGCCCGGAAACUCCUUACUACGCUGACUCCACCCCUUCGCGGUCCUCUUCCAACGAAGAAGCGCAACGCCAUCAGAGGAAGAGGCCGCCUACAUUCGAUUACCAGGAGGAGCAAGCUCGAGUGCUCCAGGCCUCUCUUCGGCACGUGAAAAUGCUAGGAUGGUCUGAAGGAGCGUUGAUCGCUGGUGCAAAGGAGGUCGGUGUGUCUCCCUCCAUUGUUGGAUCUUUCCCUAGGAAAGGAGCUGCCCUGGUUGAGUACUUCAUGGACGAUUGCUUGCAAAGGCUAACUGAUAGAAUAGACUCCGAAGACUUAAGCAAUUUGAUACCUAGUGAACGCAUCUCCAAGCUUGUUAGAAUUCGCCUAGAAAAGCAAGCACCUUACAUCUCCAAGUGGCCGGAAGCUCUUGCUAUACAGUCACAACCAGUGAAUGUUCCUACUAGUUUUAAGCAGCGAGCCAUGUUGAUGGAUGAGAUCUGGCAUGCUGCGGGUGAUGAAUCCUCUGAUAUAGAUUGGUACGUGAAGAGGACAAUCCUCGGAGGCAUAUACUCUACCACUGAGGUUUACAUGUUGACUGAUAGCUCCCCAGAAUUUCGUGAUACUUGGGCAUUCUUGGAUAACCGAGUAAAAGAUGCUUUUGAUCUGAAGAAGACUAUACAAGAGGCAAAGUACUUGGCUGAAGCUGUUGGCGCAGGAAUGGGCAACUCUCUGCAAGGAUUUGUUAAUAGAGUCAUGCAGCGAUGAUUGUCUGCCUCUUAAAUGGUAUUAUCACCAGUCUCCAUCAAAAUCAUCUAUCGUCCUGGUCAUACACGAGUAGAAAAACUUCCUGCUUCCAGUUCUCCAUUAAUGCUACCGUUCUCCUUCGUCUUCUCCUCUCUAUCUUCUCCCUUGUUUCCGCCCUAGCACAGAGCAGCUGCAAGGCAACUCUUCUACAUCGGCCAUCGCACUCCCCUGCGCUCGAUUUUGUGUUUCUUGGAUUGACAUGCUUACUUCGGUCCGUGAUUGAGGUGUUUCUGUGGUGUGAACAAAUCAUGGUUAUGGCGAUUUUGGAUAUUUAUCUGAAGAUCUGCAAGUGUAAGGCUUUGCCUUUGUUAUUUUUUGAUUCGAUUGAUAAUGGGAAAGGACGGAUUUGGGAAGUCUGAUCAUCUGAUGAGCUGAAACAAAAUCUAGUAGAUUGUAAAAGUCUUCUCCUUUUUGCAAUUUGAGAGCUCUCAGUGGAUCAUCUCAA